AUGGCAGAUCAAGCCACCGCCUCACCCUUGCCUCCUACGGCAGGCAGCAACGGCAAGAGCCAACCUGCACCUACUGAAAUCUCCCGCGAGAUGCAGCAGAAGCGAGUGAACCACCGCAACAGAAGACAAAGACCACCGCAAGCAAUACCACAACAGGACGGAACAGUCUCUGACUCGGUGACCGGCGCAGCAGUGUCGCCGAGGACAAAGAAGCCACAGAAAGUAAGAGAACCAACACCGAGUAGUGCUCCUCAGCACAACGGUCAGAUGGGUAAAGCGACUGUUGCAGCAGUGAAGCCGCGACCAGUGUCCAUGGGCGGACCAAUGCUUCCGGCCACUCCCGCGAAAGAGCAGGCCUACGCUGGCCCAACAUUCCACAAUUCACCUGCGCCGUCUACUCUACCCAUGCCAAAAUUCUUUUCGCGGUCCGUACCUGGUAAGGGUAAUCCUUUGGCAGCCAGAAUGGAAGGCGAGAAGACGCCAGAGAAGACAGAUUCGUCUCCAGAGCCAGAGGUAGUUUCACCAAUACCACCUCGAAAUGCUAUUCAAUCACCCCUGGACAUGUUCUUUCAAGCAGACAAGCAGGAGCGAGAGCAUAGAGCGAGCAGUGGCGGCAUGUUAUCUCCCGAGAUGGCCACGAGGCGGCCCGUACCAGCCACCGAACCACGCAACGCGAUGCUGCACAAUCAGAAAAGCAUCUUCCUUCACGAGCUAGACGGCAACAACGAAUCGAUACCCAGCCCGAAGACCGUACCAAAGAACAAGAAGCCAGCGCCGAUUAGUAGAGCACAUUCCUCGCCAGGCAUGCAGCUACCAGCUCAAGAAGGCGAGCAGCGGCACGUAUACACACAGUCCCUCAAGGACAUACUCUUCAACACAGCCGCACACGGUAGCCCUGCCCAGAACCGUACCCCACCUCAGCAACAACAGCUUCCCACACCACCAUCAAACACGCAGCACUUCAACAGACCUUCACCAUUCAACCGUCCUGCCUCAGGUUCCGGACCGUCUACACCCGCUCCGCCAGCCGACCCAGCAAACAACUACGCCCUCCACUACGGUAACCGCAACCUCUCCCCACUAUUUCAAGCCGCGCGCACCGGUAACGAUACGCCCAGCCGUCCGUCGGAACUACGCCAGGAGCUUCCUGGCCAGGACGGCACAUACUCGUCUCCCCCACAAAACCCGCCACCGCCACCACUACGACAUCUACCUCUCAACGAUCCCAAUGAUUUCAUGCGUGGGUUUCUCAACCAGCAAGCACAAGCUGCAGUACCGUCAGAGUUUCCUCAAUUUCCUUAUGAUAAUGGUCAUGGUGGAGGAGGAGGCAGACCGCCAUCAGCGCACCAGCAACAAUAUCAAGGAGACACCAGACCUUUCAGCGCUGGGUCUGCCUAUGGUAAUGGUAACGGUCAGCAGCCACAACACGCACCAAACGGUAUGUACAAUGGGAGUUCUGGUAAUAAUAAUACCCUGCAAGGUCGUCCGCCGCCACCACAUACCAACGGCGCACCGCACUCGCCGAAAACGAUGCAGGAGAACCUAAUGCGGAUGUUGAAUCUUAAUGUUUCGGGAUAG